AUGGGAGAGCCUCAUAUGACAGACUCUGAAAAUGAAGAUAUCCCAAGGCAAAAAGACAGUGACUCGGAUAAUGAGGAGCCUCCAAAUAACAAUGUGAGUGAUUCAGACAAUGAAGCAGGUCACGAAGGGAAAGACAGUGAUUCUGAUACUGAGGACCAUCCAAAUCGGCAUUUAAGUGACUCUGAAAAUGAAGAUGCCUUAAAUCAUCGAGCAAGUGACUCUGAAAAUGGAGAACCUCACAGGGAUCACAGUAGUGAUUUUGAAAAUGAGGAGCUCCACAAGCAGCCGGCCAGUGACUCGGAGAGCGAGGAGCCCCACAAGCAGCCGGCCAGUGACUCGGAGAGCGAGGAACUCCGCAAACAGCCAGCUAGCGACUCUGAGACGGAGAGCGAGGAACUCCGCAAACAGCCAGCUAGCGACUCUGAGAGUGAGGACAUUUCCAGACACAAACAAGAAAUAGAGUCUGAGGAUAGUGAUGGGGAGGACAGGAAGGAGGAGGCUCAGAAUGAUUCUCAUCAUUCAGAUAAUGAACAUGUAAGGGAAGGAUUUCAGGGCUCUGACAGUGAAGAGGAAGGUCCUAAGAGACGAAAAAUAUCAGACAGUGAUGAAGAAGAGAAAGAGGAGGAGAAGACAGUGAAGAGGAAAACAGCUAUCCUUUCUGACAGUGAGGAUGACAAUGAGAAAACACCUGCAAAAAAAGUACGAAUCCUUUCUGAUGUUGAGGAAUCAGACAGUGAUGCUGCUUCAGACAAAUCUGACAAACGGAAGAAAAAUAUUGUAUCGGAUAGUGAAGAAGAAGAAGAAGAAAGAAGAGAGAAUGCUGGAAAGAAAAAAGAAGAGAAAGAUCUGUUUGGCAGUGACAGUGAAUCUGGAAAUGAACAAGAGAACCUGAUCGCAGAUAUAUUUGGAGAAUCUGGUGAUGAGGAAGAGGAGGAAUUUACAGGUUUUAACCAGGAAGACUUGGAGGAAGAGAAAGGUGAUGCAGACAUGAAGGAGACAGCAGAUGAAUCAGACUCGGAUGAUAACAUCAAAAGAGGGAAACAUAUGGACUUCAUGUCAGAUUUUGACAUGAUGCUGCAACGGAAGAAGAGUAUGAGUGGCAAGCGUAGACGAAACCGUGAUGGUGGAACUUUUAUUAGUGAUGCAGAUGAUGUGGUCAGUGCGAUGAUUGUGAAGAUGAAUGAAGCUGCUGAGGAGGAUCGACAGCUGAAUACACAAAAGAAACCAGCACUAAAGAAAUUAACUUUGCUACCAACUGUAGUUAUGCAUCUUAAAAAGCAGGACCUCAAAGAAACUUUCAUCGAUAGUGGUGUUAUGUCUGCCAUCAAAGAGUGGCUUUCUCCUCUUCCAGACCGAAGUCUGCCAGCACUAAAGAUACGAGAGGAGCUUCUGAAGAUCCUGCAAGAGUUGCCCAGUGUGAGCCAAGAGACCCUGAAGCACAGUGGCAUUGGACGAGCUGUGAUGUACCUUUACAAACACCCCAAAGAGUCGAGACCUAACAAGGAUAUGGCAGGGAAGCUAAUCAAUGAAUGGUCUCGACCCAUCUUUGGCCUUACCUCAAACUACAAAGGCAUGACAAGAGAAGAGAGGGAACAGAGAGAUUUGGAACAGAUGCCUCAGCGAAGGAGAUUGAGCAGCUCUGGUGGUCAGACUCCUCGCAGGGAUCUGGAGAAAGUGUUAACUGGAGAGGAAAAGGCUCUUAGACCCGGAGACCCCGGGUUCUGUGCCCGUGCGAGGGUGCCAAUGCCCUCCAACAAGGACUAUGUGGUCAGGCCAAAGUGGAAUGUGGAGAUGGAGUCCUCCAGGCCCGGGACUAUUAAGAGAGGUAUUAGUCGCUUGGAAAAACACAAGAGACGGUUUGCUGAACAGAAACGACUCAGCAAAGUGCAUCGGGCCAUCAAGUUCAGCAUUGAAGGCAACAGGAUGCCCCUGUAGCCAUGACACUCUGCCUUCCCCAAGUUUGAGAGUUCCAGGGGACCUCUAAGAAAGGGGUGAGUCGACUGGACAAACAGAUGCGGAAAUUCACAGAUAUCAGGAAAAAAAGCAGAUCGGCCCAUGCAGUGAAAAUCAGCAUUGAGGGCAAUAAGAUGCCAUUGUGACCCUUCACAGAAUACCCCAUGACCUCUGCUGUAAGACAGUACACCCAUAGACUCUUUGGAGACCUUUAAAUUUUUUAACAACUUGUUUGGGUUUUUUUAGUGAAUCUCUAAAAUCGUUGGUUCAGGUUCUGGUAUAAGAUGUUGUC